UUUGAAAGAAUGUCAUGAUCAAAUUGAUAAGAAAUAAUCUGCCUUAACACCUGCUGUCAGUCUAGUUAAGCCAGUCUAACAACAUUCUACAGCCCAUUUGAGAAAAAAAAACUACAACUGCAUCAUGUCUCGGUAAACCAAUGACGUACCGUCUCUCUAUCUACAGGGAAGUGAAGACACUUGAAACACGACUUACCUUGAGCCAGAGGAUGGUCUUCCUGGUGUGACUGAAGAUUGGGUAUGUAGCUGUGGAUUUCUUAUACCAAAUAAUUUUUAAACCAGCAUAGGCAGUUAAAUAAUUUCUAGGUGCUUAAUUGCCUUAGUACAAACUUGUGUAAUAUUAAAGAUUAGCAAGAAUGUUGAAGACUGUUUUUGGUGGACCACAACAAUUACUAGCUUCUUGAAUAACAAGGAAAAAAGAGAAAACAAUCACAACGAAAGAAUGGGCAAACUUUGUCUUGAGCGAUGACACAGCCCAAUACAUGUUCACGAGUACCACAACAAACGGGAAAGAUGGCACCAACACCAGCCUAGCACAGUACGCCAGCAAAACAGGCAUGGCAAAUGAAGGAGGUGUGACGUCCCUUCUAGAGCUACCACGUGACGUGAUGCAUCAGCUGACAUGGUAAAAGACCGCUAUGUGUAUCAACAACUGACAUCAAACUGGAAGUGGUUUACUCUAGAUUAGGGGAAGGUCUUGUGAGUGCAUGAUUCUAAAAAUCUGUCCACAGACCGCGGGCAGAUGAUGAGAAACAAAGUGUCUGUCCCAUCAUGUACUGAAGUGGUGUGUCCUGUGUGUCCCAUGAUGGAUGCUCCUAGCUUGUCCAUCAAGAUUUGACUUAUUGACAUGAUUCACUUAAUAUCAGUUUAUAUUUGCUCCGAAAAAAAAAUUUGAUUCACUCAAUCCUUGGUGGGCAGGUUCAAAUUAUUUUACGGGCCCUGCGUCCCGAGGGCCUGACGUUCCUCACCCGUGAUGUAGGUUGGUCGGGUAGUCUUGUCAUUCCGUAUCAAGCAAGGAAAGACAGUGAUAUAAACUGUUUGAAAAAGAACUGUUUUGAAUGUUGGAUCAAUUUGUCUUUAUUUUUGUGUUAUGAGUUAUUUAUGAGAGUUACUAUUUUCUACCUGCCAUAAUAGAAAACAUUAAUUUGUGAGUCUUAAUUCAUUUAUUCAUCGCUAUUACAGACAGCUGAAAAUUGCUUGCCACUAAACGAAUAUCAUUAUCAGGUGUAGAGUUGCUGACAAACAUGGGUCAGAGACAGAGUAAGGCUGAAAGGUGUCGAGAGGUUUAUCUGAGUCUCACUGAGCAACAGGCCGUCCUCCUUAAUACAGGAGAGAUCAAAGAAAAGACCGGAGCUGAUGUAGACAUGGGUCAUCACCCCUCAUCUGUAUCCGGUAGAAGGAUUGUCAUCGUUCGUGGUCAUCAAAAACAGAUCGAGGCAGCAGCAAGUCUCAUCGAUCAGAAGACUGAUGCUCAGACAAACACAGCACGAACACAGCUAUUGUGGCUCCAGUGGGUUGAGGCCGCGUACCCUGAUCUCGACUCACGCGCCUACUUCCUGCCUCCUGUCGACUUCAACCUCAUGCCGUUGACCAGACAGUCGGGUGCUGCUGGAGAUGUUCUGGUCCUUCAGUCAGCACCAGGAAAUGCCGGUCAGUCCAACCAACCAGAGACGACUCCAUCCACUUCUGGAGACACUUGUCUUCCUCAGCAACCUGGUGUUGUGGACAGUGACUUCCGAGAUGACGGAGCCAUGCAGCGGUUACUCUUCUGUCUACAGAAAAUGUCUGAACAAAACGGAGAAGUGUUGAUUGGAAUGAGUAAUUUGAAGUUCGGACAGUACCUGGAUGAACCUUGUUACGCUGCUGCUGCUGCCCAGCUCCCUCUACCCGCCAAACUUUCUCGGCUCUGCCACGGAACUGGAAACAGGGGAACUUUGAUGUGCUUCUUAUUCACCGACAUUACGGCUUAGUCGUCUGUGAGGUGAAGGUGAUUGGUGAAAAUAUAAAGGCACUGAACAUGUCGCAACAGGAUAUAGACAACAACAUCAGACAGAAACUAAAAGAGGCCGUGUCACAGCUGGACAAGGCGGAGGCCAUGUUGUCUCACCUAGUGUCCGACAUCGCUCCCGGUCUGCGCAUCACUAAGACCAUCGCUUUUCCCAACAUCACGACUCCUCAGCUACACCAGGUUAUCUCCAGGGACACCCAGCUCACUCAGGACCUGUGUCGGUGUCUAGGCACACAAGAUCCCGUCGACAUCCCUGGUCUGUGUCUGUGCUCUGAUCAGUUGUCUGACUCCAACACCCCGUGGAAAGUUAAUGAAGGCGUGAUAGAGAAACUCGGAGAAUGGUGGAAACGACGUGUGGCUGUGUCUGGGCCUGACAGUCACAUGACACGUCACGUGCACAAGAUACUGGUAUCACAGUUGUGUGGUCCGGCGACAACAGUGACUGUGCCAUGCACAUUUCCUCCUCUUGUGAGGUGUACAGGAGAGUGUUAUACUGCUGUAAUUACACUCUUCCCUGAGCAGGUUCACCUGCUACACACGGCGCCUCCCAGACUCUUUGUCACCGGACCUCCCGGCACAGGUAAAACUGUGGUGCUGCUACUGAUGGCCAUAGAGUGGCUGCGAUGUGGUCACCACGUCUACAUUGUCAGUACUUGGAGGGGGAGUCGUGCAGUGUGCACUAUGUUGUAUCACCUGUUGCUGCAGGCAGUGAGCACGCUUCAGUUGCCAGGUGUAUCACCCGGCCAGCCUCACCUUCUGCUGUAUCAUCUUGAUGGCGGUAAACGGGUGGAUAAGGCCGUCAACGACUUGUCACAGGCAGCGGACGGAGGGUCGUUGUACGUCAUCGCUGAUGAAGUAGUGAGUGAUUACAAGACCAACUACUUCCAGACUGUCUGUGACAAGCUGCUGGCUCGAGUUCAUUGUCUCUAUCUCUGGGCGGCAAGUUGUUACCAUGGAUACGUACCAACCGGGUGGCGAGUGGAAUAUUUAACCAGACCCCUCCGCUCUCCACCGGCCGUCGUCAGGGAAGUCGAGCAGGACGUGAAGAUCACUACAACCCAUCAUGUCAAGUCGUACAGUGAGCGAGGUUUGUCCGACCACACAGACAGCCCACCAGUCACACGACUGUAUCACCGAGGUCAGGGUCACUCAGGUCGCUGGCCAGAGGACUGUGUGAAGUGCGGUCAAAGGUGGCCAGCUUCCUACAGCUCCAGCUCCGUGUUGGUGUUGCAGAGAGUGGCAGGACAUCUUACAAGUCUUACUCCACCAGCGGCGGCACACACCAUCCUGUCUACAGUGGAGAGACGUGCUGGUGUUGAACUGGCGUGACGUACGUGACAACUUGAGUGUGGUGAGGGGACUGAGAGAAAUGGGUAUUCCAGUCCGGGUGGUGAAGCAUGAAGACACCGAGGACGUGGCCAUGGCCCGCAGUGACGUGGUGUGGGUGGCGGAUGCAAAUCAUGUUCGUGGUCUGGAGAGAAAAGUCGUCGUCUGUUUGUACGACCCUCUGGUUGACUCACUUACAUCUGGUUUGUUUGAUGGAGAUAGAUGUGAGGUAAGAGAAGUAGAGAGUAGAUCCGAGUUGCUCAGAAUGUACGACUUUAGGUCGACUCGACUUGACCUCAUGUCCCGCUGCACGGCACAUCUUGUGCUUGUCUCCCCUCGCGACUAGCCCCAGAAUACUGAACUCAUUCACCUGUCAGCUUAGUUGUAGUCGUGUGUCUAUCUCCUGUACACCAAUACUUAUCAGAGGCAGGAAAAAACAAACACCGCACCAAAAACACGACACCUACAAGCAUAGUCCAACGGACCCCUCACUUUAUCGCCGCAGACAUGUCUCGGAUCACAUUAUGGAUUUACUCUAAAUUUAAAAAAAUAAAAAGCCAUACCAUUUAUAUAUAUAUCCAUAAGUAUACUGUCUUCUGUCAUUAACAGGCCGAAAAUUCAUUUUGGGACUAAAAAAAAAAAAACGAUUUUUUACCGGACAAAGUCACACACACGUCCUUCCUCCGGCAUGACCAUCGCUCACCUUCAAGUCAGUUGUAUUUGAUUGGUAAGAAACAAUUAG